AUGAGUGAUUUUGAAACAUUAGAAAAUGAUUUAGGGAAUAAAUACUGCAAUUUCCAAGAAAUUGGUUUUGGUUCUUUCGCUACAGUGUUUCAUGCAGAAUGUCUGAGCACAAAAAAAAAUGUUGCAAUAAAAGUAGAUGUUUAUUAUUAUAAUAGAUGAUUAGUAAAUAAGGAAUGUAAGUAUAAAUUCUAUAUUAUUUAAAUUAAGAAAUAGAAAUAUUGAAAAGAUGUAAUCAUGAAAACAUCAUAAAAUUUUAUGAAAAAUAUGAAACAAAGAAUACUGUUUAUAUUGUAUUAGAAGAAUGCAAGAAGGAUCUUGGAGCAAUAUUUGAAGAAUAUUUUGAUUGCGAAAUUCCAGAGAAAUAUGUAAUAUUUAUCAUUCUUUAAUUGAUUGAAGGUUUUAAAUAACUUCACUAAUAAUUUAUUAUUCAUAGAGAUAUAAAACUUGAAAAUAUAAUGGUUUAGAUGUCUGAUUAUUAAAUGGAAUAGAUGAAACAAAAAUAAUUUGAUGUUUUAUUUUCAGCAAAAUUUAAGAUUGCAGAUAUGGGAUUAUCGAAAUAACUUGCUAGUUAAACUGAUUUAACAUAAACAUAUGCAGGUUCUCCAAUGACUAUGGGUAUUAUAUGAUUUACAGCUAGCUCCUGAAAUCCUAGAAAAUAAAUCAUAUGGAAGACAAGCAGAUAUUUUCUCUUUAGGAGUUAUCAUGUUUUAAAUGUUAUUUGGUAGAUUUCCCUUUAAAAAUGAGAAGGAUCACAUAAGCGAGAUAAAGAAUUAAAAUAUAUACUUUUAAGAUACUUAGAUUCAAAUUUCUAAUUCAAUGAAAUUGAUCAUUUAAUCAAUGCUGAAAUAUGAUCCUAAUUAAAGAAUUAAACUUAAUGAAUUAAAAUAAGAAUUAACUAAUUUAUUAAAAGAAAAUAAAAUUAUUUUAGAAUUUGAUGAUGAUUAAGAUCAAUAAAAUCCAUUUGAAUUAGAUUAAAUAUAGGAAAUAGAAGAAGGAAGUGAAAAUUAAGAAAUUGAAUAAUAAUAAUGUGAAAAUGACGAUUAAUUCGAAAUAUUAACAAUAGAUAAAAAUUAUGAUGAUAAAAUUAUUGAAGAAUUUUAUAAUCAAAGAAAAUAGUAUCUGUUGUUAUCCAAAGCAUAUUAAUAGAUUUAUGAAUAAGAUAUUGUAGAUUAAUAUUUCAAUUAUGAUUAAUAUAUGGAAUGUGCUUAGUAGUUAUAUGAACAAUUGAAAUUAUAAUUAAAUGAUGAAUAAUAUAAGAAUGUAGAGGCAUGUUUAUAUUUAAAAGAAUUAAUUUCAAAUUAAGAUUAUCAAUUGUUUAAUACACAAUAAAUAGUUAAAGAAUAUAAAUAAGAAUCUAUCUUUGGUUUAAUAAAAUAAUCAAUAUUUGGAACUCCUUAAAAAUAAUCUUUGGAAAGUUAAUUAAAUGAUAUAAGGAGAUUGAAUUUGUAAAUAAUAGAAAAUUUAAGAGUAGAUAUUAAAAAUCAAAAAUAAUAAUACUUAUUGAUAACUUUAGUUUAAUUAGAAAUGUUUUUUAAGAAACGAACUUAGGAUUAUGAAAAAUUAGACUAUAAUUUAUUUAAUUUAGAUUAAGAUUGUUUAGACAAAGAUCCAAAAUAGUUAUAAAAUAUCUUGGAUUAAUUGUUCACUAAUAUCCUAACUUGA